CUUUCGAUGAGCCAGGUGAUUUUACUUUCAUAUGUAUGUCUGUGUGUAUAGAUCAUACUAUCAAAAGUGUGUUUUUUACACUAAAUUAUAUAAAACAUAUUGAUGAGCUUGAUUUCACGUUACGAAAAGUUAUGUAUAUUGAAUACUUUCUUAUGAAUUAGUCAAUUAUUAAUAAAGAUUCCGUAAUGUUUAUUUUACUUAUUAAAGAAGCAAUCAUAUAUGGAAUUAAUGCUUGAAGUGAUGUCAAUUUAAAUUGUUGUUGUAUCAUAAAACACUUCACUGUUUAUCAUUAUCAUACGUGUAUGCGUCUUUCUAAUGUGUAUAUAUAUAUACAAUGGUAGAAAUGAAAGGAAAAUUUGUAAAUCCAAUGGGUCCAUUUGAUAUUUGUCAAAAAUUACAUCAACAGCAAAGAAGUAAACUAAAUGAUUGUGGCUUUUUAUUGGAAUGUGAAUCACAUAGUCAAAUAGUGCAUAAAUGUGUAUUGCGUGCUGUCUCAACAAAAAUUGAUCAAUUCUGUAUGGCGGAAGAAAAUGUAGAAUGUUUGACUGAUAUAAAUUGUUCUAAACAGAAUAAUAUUGUUAUUAGUGAUUCAAUGAAUUGUUAUGAUAACAACAACAACGGCAACGACAACAACGACAAUAAUAAUCACGUUAGUAACACAGUAAAACAGUCAAAGAAUUCAUUUUAUUUAGGACGUAUAUCGGCAAAAACAUUGGAUACUUUUGUAAAAUAUAUUUAUAAAUCAGAGAUUACGAUUGAUGAUAUAACUGUAAUUGAAUUAUACAAUAUUGGCAUUUUAUUAAAUAUACAAUUUAUUCAAAAUACGUGUAUUGAAUAUUUGAGGACAAUCUUAAAUGAAAAUAAUUGUUUAAUAUUAAUGAGACAAAAUAAUAUAAUAAAUAAUUAUGAAACUAAUCAACUAACUAAUGAAUGUAUUAAAUAUACAGCAAAAUAUUUUGACAAAAUGUUAGAUAAUAAUGAGACCAUGAACAUUGAACCUAAAGAACUAUUAGCAAUACUAGAGCAAGAUGAGUUCAAAGUUCAAGAUGAAUGGAAACUUCUGGAAUUUAUACAUAUAUGGAUUAGAAAGGAUUGCGACAAUCGUCACAAAUAUAUAGAACAACUAUGUGAGCAUAUACGUUUUCAAUUGAUAGACACAAUUAAGUUACUUGAUAUAUUGGAAAAUCAAGAGAUGACUAUAUUUCAUUCACAUGUAAAAAACGCGCUUAUUGAUUUAGGUCAAUUAUCAAGGUCAGUAGCGAUAGCCAAAUGGAAUCGUGACUCAAAUUAUUCUACAGACAAAGAGAUUACAUUGACUAAUUUAUCAGUAUCCAGUUACAAAAGUGACCCACCGAAACAAACCACAGAAAAUACAGCUUUGAUAUGUUUUGGAGGACGAUUAAUCGACAAAAGUUUUUCAUCAAAUAUAACAUGUUAUAAAAUUUUUGAAUUGAAAUCAUUCAUUAAUCAGAAUGAAACUUUAUUCAUAGAUCAAUAUCAGAAUUGUAAUGUUGAUGAAAAUUAUUUAAAUGGUAAUUCCAUGGAAUCAUGUACAUUUCCUUAUUUAAAACAAAUAAUUAUACCAAAUUUAAAUACUAUGCCUUCUUUAAGAAAGGGUUUUGGGGCUAUCAAUUUAAAUGAUAAAAUAUAUAUUGUUGGUGGAAAACCUAAAUGUUCAAUGAAAACAUGUAACAUUUAUGAUAUAUCAUUAGGUUUAUGGUCUAGUGGGCCAAAUUUAAAUACCGGACGAAGUUGGUAUUCACUUACGGAAUGUGAUGGUGUGAUAUAUGCUAUAGGAGGUGUCGGAGAAGACGAUCAAACUUUGUCAUCUGUUGAGAUGUUGGAUCCACGAGUAAAUAAGUGGGAAUUAUGUUCGUCAAUGCUGAGACCACGAUUUGGUUUUAGUGUUUGCUCUACCAAUAAUGAAAUUAUAGUUGUUGGUGGGGUCAGAGAUUCAACUAUCGAGAUGUAUGAUAUGACGUCAGGAAAAUGGCAUUCUUUAGCGAAAAUGACUGAAGUACGUGAAGCUUCAAGUGUUUUUAUUCAUAAUGAUUGUGUAUACAUAUGCGGUGGAGCAAAUGAAACUAGUUGUGUAAAUACCACAGAUAUUUUGUUAUUGAAAACUGCAAGUUGGAGUAAAGGCAAACCAAUGAUUUUACAUCGGGCAUUUGCUGCUACACGUCUAUGGAAUGAUUAUGUUUUCUUAAUUGGUGGUCGUAACAAUAUGGAACCAUCAAAUUUAAUUCAAACUUACAAUUUAAAAACAAAUGAAUGGGCUGUUUUACCACAAACGUUACCAUAUCUUGUUUCAAAUUGUUGUGCUAUAACUACCAGUUUAUUAUAAACGAUAAAUUUUUUAAAUGUUUAAAGGUCACAUAGAAAACGUAAACUUUAUUGUUAAUGUGUAAUUUUGUAAAAACAAAAAGGGACAAAAUUUAACUCGGUAUUCAUUUAUAGUACGCAAAAUAUCUAGUCCUAAUAUAAUUUUAAUAAUUAAUAUGGUUACAUAUUACUAUAGUAAAUGGGGGCGUUUGAGUACCACUUAGUAAUAUGCACUAAUUUCCACUAUGUCAUAUGAUUGGCUGAUUGACGAGUAUGUAAUGAAGGAGAAGUAAUUUCAUGGUAAAUUAAUGGUACUUCAUAGCCAGCUGAAUGAUACGAUGGUUGAACGUCAUUCUUAUUUUAACCAAAAUUUUGAUGAUUUGGUAACUUUGUAUGCUGUUCGACAGGAAUCAUCAUAUAAUUUAAUUAUUGUUGAAUAUUAAACAAUACCCAAAGCAAUACCCAAAGGAUACUGAGAUUACUCGUUUCACAUACUGUUGCUCAAGCAACGGGAUUGGUUGUGAUUUCUACAUCAUUAUUUUUGUUUAAGGUACGCUUUGGCAUAAGCCUUUAAUUGAUGGUUUUAUCUGAGACCUUACAAGCAUUACUAAACUUCGUAAGUGUGCUGAUUAACCGUUCGCAUUCCUUGAGUUACUCAGUUAAUAAAUGUGAAUCGAAUCUAAGAAAGAUGGGUCAUGAGAACUUCUGGUACUUUUGAUUAAGGCGAAUACAAUAGCAUGGAUUAUCUUGAAGGUUAUCUGCUCUCACAAUCAAAUUCAUCACGGUUAUGAGCGGGAUUUUGUCAGGCAUGAUAUCGAUAGUAACACUGUUUCUAGGGAUCAUUAGCUUAGUAACUGCGCAAGCGAUAAAAUCUAUAACAGAUGCAGCUUUAAUAAUGUCUUCAAGUUCUGCAGGAACCACAUCCUUCAACAAUAGUAGCUUAAGGAGUGAUGAAGCUUUUAAUUCUUGCUAAAGGUCAUCAUGGUUUGAUGAAGAGUCUGAAGGUGACUCCAUCAUAGAUCUCAUAUCACUUAAUUGCUUAUAAAUACUGUCUAUUUCACUCUUCAUAUUACUUAUGCUAAUGGAUCUUGAUAUAGGAUUCGUUAGUAAGUUAAAUAGCGAGUCGUUCAGCGGUAUGCGUGGAGCGAGUACGAUCCUUACACAGCCGGUUGCAAAUUCAAUUUAAUUGACAUGGUAUAUAUGUUAUAACAGAGUUGUUAUUACUCGACUUAUUAGGGCUUUUAUGGGCUCAUUUUUUCAAUAGGCCACCCAUUUUGAUGUUAAUGGUAAUCCUACUACUAUAUAUACAUUAUAUACCAGUGUGGUGUGGAUUACUUAUAUCCACAUAAGCAGUAUAUGGUGAUGGUCAGGCAUAGAAAGUAUUUCAGCAGAAUAUCGAUAAGCAAAGAACGGAAACGGAACGCAAUUGGUAUUAAAAUGCAUGAACAAUGAAAUCAGAGACGAUUCACUGAAGGAACAGUGAAGAUUGAGAUAAUUGAUUGAUAGUUUACAAAUUAACUGUUUACUGUAUGAAUUCACUUUAAUGUUGUUUACUUGUAUCUUCCCAUUGUUAUUUAGGACUUCAAUUGGUCAGUCUCUGGUUGGCAUAUGUGUAUCCUAUACGAACUGCCUCGAUAUUACCUGAACUCACAAGCUUUAUAAGCAAAGAUGGAUAGUGUCUAGCAGUGGAAUCCAGCACGCGCGUUUCGUCCAGUUUGGGACUCGUCAUCUGGAUAUACCUGUAUCUCAGAAUUGAUGUUCACUCUGGGACUCAAACCCAAUACCGUUCGUUUCAAACGCCAUCGCGUUAUCCAUUUAUCUACUGAGUCCUGAUAUCCACUUGCUUGUGCAAUGGCGUUCUAGUCCCUUAGUGGACAAAAACUCUGAGAUUCAGGUACAUCCAACUGACGAGUCCCAAAUAGAACAAAGUGCGCGCCAAACUGAAUUCCACUGCUAGCCACUAUCCAUCUUUGUUCACUGUAUGGUUGUCAGAUUUUAGUGUGAUAUUUUAUAAUUUUGAGCUCAAAUACAUUUGACUGUCCCAACUUAUGUUCUUGUUCACUACACCAUGACUAAAUAAUAACUAUAUACCUUUGUAUCAGAUACCAUAUUUAUUGUAAUUCAAAGAUCAAACAAACCGCUUAUUAAUCAAUAUCUUAUCAUCUAUUAAUUAUCAUUGAAAAAUAAACCACAUUAGCUAUUGU